AAUAUACGAAUAGAUGAUAAGCUAUGAACAUCAACAUUGGAUAGCUUCAAACCUGAAUUUUUUUUUUUUCCUUCAUGGAAUAUAUAUAACACGUAUGAAUAUGAUAGACGUAAGAUGCAAAACCACAUUAAAAAUAUAAAUGCAAAACUGAGAGAAAAGAAAACGAAAAAAGAGGAAGGAAGGGAAAAGACAGGAAAAAAAAGGUGGGGACCAUAUCAAUUCAACACCAAGUGCCUCAAUUGGUCUCAGAGAAGGUUCAACGGAACCUACUGAAGCAAGCCAGCCCGCUCGCGGCAUUGCGAUUGCGAGGCUAAAACGUUGAAACAGUGAAGCACCCUCACGGACAUCACCUGACACUGUGGCCCACCCCUCCAAACGCCACAGGCUGGAAGUCUCGAUACUUCAGGCUUUCGUUCCGUUAGAGUCAUUCAUCUUAAUAACUCUCAUUAAUAACCCGUUAUGAUUUUUAAUGAUUCCUUAGCUUAUUUCUCUUCAAAUAUUUUUUUUAAACAUAUACUGUACAAUGAAUGUUGCGAGAUAGUUAUUUUCAUGGAUAUAAGUGGUCGUAUUGCCUGCUUUUUUUUUGUUUUCCCGAAAAUAAUCAGUCAAAAUGUAUCUCUCUUUGCUAUAUAAGAAUCGAAUGGAUAAAAUUAAUUUCGCGUUACAUUAUUUUCGGAAUGCAUUUCUUCCGCAUCGGAGAUAUGUCUGAAAAUCGAACACAAAUUUACAGGCUUAAGAAGUGGGGGGGGGGGGGCAUUUAUUUUAAGAUGUAAGAAAUUAUGGAAUUCCUGUUAACAACCAUUACAGUAUCACCUCUGUAGCAAACAAUGUUUCGAUUUCAUUUCAGUAUUUCCAGUAAAUCACGUUUUUAUACAUUCCUCAUAUCUUCGAAAUUACGCUGUAAUUCUUCACAUUUACCAAAUGUUAUACUGAUGAAAAUGGAAAAAUAAAAAACGAUUGAACGAAGAAAACAAUACCUGAAAUAAAUCACUGCAUUAUUAGGAAGUCAGUGAUGGUGGUCGUGUAUAUGACUACUUUUCCGUCACUCAGUUAUCUUUCAAUCGUAAUAGGAUGACACUUUGUAGGAGAACAUGGUAGCGAUUAAGUCGAAGAUGGCAGCUGGAAUCAAUACACUCUGAACAUGCGCAGAAGCGACGCGUCAACAAACACACUAACGUAAACAUAUACACGUGUAUGUGUGUUAGUGUAAUAUAUAGCUUUUGUGUUAAGUGCGUAUAACGGCAGAAAUGAUAAUGAAAGUAGAUUCAUCCGGGGGAAAAACUAUUAAAAAAAAAAAAAAAAAAAAGACUUGCAUAUCCUGAGAAAGCAAGAAGUAUAUGUAAAUGCUUAGAUAUCAGAUAGUAAAUGUCAUCGGUUUAGAUUUCUUGGCAGAGGUAAGGGAUAUCGACUGCACCCGCUUUCGAUUAUUAUUUUUUUUUCUUACAGAAACCCAUAUUUUCGACUGCGGAGAUUCCGAAUCUGCAUUUCAAAAUUUUAAUCCUCCCCCACAAAAGUUUUCACUUUUUUUUGUUUUAGGAGUCUAUUUUUUUUUAACUACGCAUAUGAAAAAAUCCCUUUUGCUCACAACUGUUCAGCGUUCUAAAAGACUGUAAAAAUUAAUUAUUUUAUUGGAACAAAACAAAACAUUUCCUUUUGACAUUCUUGAAUGAAACACAUGUUUGUACAAAUUGAAUUUGUCACAGAUAUUAUGAACGUAUAUCCUGACCCCCGUUCCGUAUUCUGAUGUACAAAGUGUUUACUAACUUUCUGUACCGCAUCAUAUCACUGACUCUCGUAUUUUUGCUAAAACGUAAACACACAGUUACCCAAUAUAAGCAUGUAUAUUUUCGUCAACAGUACUCAUUUAUCUUUACAUUCACUUUUCCAAUGAACAGCCAAUGAUUCUGCUUCCGUCGUCUCUAUUUUCCGGAAAUAUCUGUUUCGUAUUUCCCCCCCCCCCACAUUCCAUCGUGGAUCCCAGUAAUGACUUAUUUAUUCCAUACAACUCCAGUGUUGUUGUUGUUCUCCAUGACAGUGUUCUGUGAACCCAAUUCCAUUGACAAGGUACAUUUAUCCCAUUAUCUUGACGUCUACCUACAAUACUUACAAACAGUCUACAUUUUUUGGUAAAUUUUGAUAAGCGCGUUUCAUUUAUCAAAAUUUACCUUUUUUUAACCAACAAUUGGAAGCGAAUAUUGGAAAAAGACCAAGCUAUUCUCCACCAACUCAAAUGUCGUCAUUAAUCUCAAUUAUAUGCGUAUUUUUUUAGUUUAAUGUUAUAACAAUCUUUUUUUUUUGUUCAUCAAUAAGGAGUGUUUGUUUUCAUUUAAUAAAACAACAGGUGGUACUAAACAGCAUCAGGAGCGACGUGACGACAUUGGCAUUUCACCUGCUUCAAGUUGUUGCUAAAUUUUCCCUCAAAUUACACCUUAUUGUUUGUGAAUAUACCGUGUUAGAAGGAAACAUCAGAUGACAUUGACAUACCAUCUUUUUACUUCUGAUGUACCAUCAAUAUUGAUUAUCUUUUAAAAAGUAAAGGAAGAUGUUAUACAGAAUGGAUAUCACUUCGUUUCUAUAAACGUAGAACUGGAGUGAAAUAUUUAUUGUUGUAGCUUAAGAUCAUUCAAAAAAUUUCUCUAUGGAAUAUGUUCAAGAUUAGGUUGCAUUUUAAUUAGACUUGGAGAAAUUUACAAAGGAGUUUGCAAUAUCUUCAAAUAUCAACAAAAGUUAUGUGUGAUUUAAAUAUAGCAGCAGAAAUAAUUAAGAAAAUACGAGAAAAAGAGAAGUGGUCAGAGAAGAAUAAUUAUGGAAGAUGAAUUCUGUGAGAAACCAAUUCAAAUUAAAACAGAGUCAGAAACAAUUGAUUUUCCUGAUGAGAUACUGAAGGAAGUAGAGAAAAUAUCAUACCACUGUGAUAUCUGUGGUAAAUCAUUCUCUCAUAGAGGUAAUCUAACUAGUCACAAACGCAUUCAUACAGGAGAGAAACCAUAUCAUUGUGAUAUCUGUGGUAAAUCAUUUUCUCAAAAACAUCACCUAAGUCGUCACAAAUACAUCCACACAAGAGGUAAACCUUAUUGCUGUAAUAUCUGUGGCAAAACCUUUACUGAAAAAAGUCGCUUAACCCUACACCAAUGCAUUCAUACAGGAGAGGAACCAUAUCAUUGUGACAUCUGUGGUAAAUCAUUCUGUAACAGAAAUGCCUUAACAGGUCACAAACGUAUUCAUACAAGAGAGAAAUCAUAUCAUUGUGAUAUUUGUGGUAAAUCAUUCUCUUAUAACUUUCGCCUAACUAAUCACAGAACAAUCCACACAGGAGAGAAACCAUAUGACUGUGAUAUUCGUGGUAAAUCAUUCUCUCAAAAAUGUAAUUUAAGUACUCACAAAAAUAUUCUUACAGGAGAGAGGCAAUACUAUUGUGAUAUUUGUGGUAAAUCAUUCUCUCAAAAACUUCGUCUGGCUAAUCACAAAAAUAUCCAUACUGGAGAGAAGCCAUAUCUCUGUGAUGUCUGUGGGAAAUCAUUUUCCCAUGCAACUGUACUAACUGUACACAAACGGAUUCAUACAGGAGAGAAGCCAUACCACUGUGAAAUUUGUGGUAAAUCAUUCUCUCAGAAAUAUUGCCUGUCUAAACACAUAAGUGUCCAUACUGGAGAGAAACGAUAUCACUGUGAUAUUUGUGGUAAAUCAUUCACAAUUAAAAGUAACCUAAUGAGACACAAAAACAUUCACACAGGAGUAAAGCUGCAUUACUGUAAUAUAUGUGGCAAAUCAUUCUCUCAAAAUGACUUAACAAAGCACAAACGGACACAUACCGGAGAGAAACCGUAUCACUGUGAUAUCUGUGGUAAAUCUUUCUCUUCAAGCAGUGACAUAAUUAAACAUAAGCGUGUUCAUACAGGAGAAAAACCAUAUUUCUGUAAUAUAUGUGGUAAAUCUUUCUCUGAAAGUAGUUCCUUAUCUUCUCAUAAGCGUGUUCAUACAGGUGAGAGGCCAUAUCACUGUGAUAUUUGUGGUAAAACAUUCUCUAGGAGUAGUUCCAUAACUAAUCAUAAGCGUAUUCAUACAGGAGAGAAACCCUAUCAAUGUGAUAUCUGUUGUAAAUCAUUCUCACAGAAAGGGCAAUUAACUACACACAAAUACAUUCAUACAAAAGUAAAUAAAUUUUCAAAGUAAAUUUUCCACUGUUUAAUCUCUGCUUUUUAGUAUCCCUUACAUCUUAUACUGUUUCUCUAUUAUUUUAGAAAUACCAGCUGACAUUGCCAUAAAAGUAUUUCUUACUUCAGAUGUCUCAUUGAUAUUUCUGCUCAUUGACAGUGCCAUGCAAAUAGCACCUGUGAAUCAUAGUUGUGGUUGUUGCCAGGAGUCUAUAGUCAAAGUGGAAUACAUGCAGCGAGUGUGCCCUGGUAUGACAUUGUUGGCACAUUGUGUUUUCAGUCAGUUACUUGUGAAUGUAUGCAUAACUGCAAGGGCAAAUCCAUAUUUUAACGUGUAUCAGGAACCUAAUUUGGCGGGAUUAAAAUUUGAAAAAAAGGUUUUGAAAGGGAUUAUAAUACUAUCCAUGUAUAAGAAACUAAUAUUUUUUUAAACCUAAUUUUUGACAAAAAAAGUGUUCUUUAUACUCGUUAAAAUAUGGUAUAUGUCAGUAUACGUUGUCGGUACACAGGUGUGCUAUCCCUGACUCUACCUGAGUGUUUUUACUAGUUAAAUACUUAGUUCUUUUGAAUUCUGAAAAUUUUUAUAAAUACACCACCUGAGUACUGCCUGACUGGCCGUCGUGCCGUUGGCACAUAAAAGCACCCACUACACUCUCAGAAUGGUUGGCGUUAGGAAGGGCAUCCAGCUGUAGAAACUCUGCCAGAUCAGAUUAGAGCCUGGUGUAGCCAUCUGGUUCGCCAGUCCUCAGUCAAAUCGUCCAACGCAUGCCAGCAUGGAAAGCGGACGUUAAACGAUGAUGAUGAUGAUGAUACAUACCUUUUUACUCUUUACUUUUUGUUUCUCUCUCUCUCUCUCUCUCUCUCCAUUUCUUACGUCAUUCCUUUCUGUUGAAGAACUUGAGCUUGAAAUGUCAAAGACUUUUCCAUUUUUCUUGAGUGUCAACUAAUACACUUUCUUAUUCCCUCACAUGAUUCGUUCUUGGGAAGUGUGUAUUUGUGUAUAUAUAUAUAUAUAUAUAUCUUUAUACGUGUAUCAUAGUAUAUCUAUGUGUAUAGUAGCUAUAUACUUGACCACCCCAAUGACCGCCAAACAAUACUUGUAAUUUAAACAACAUAUUUUUUUCUUGACAUUGUGUUCUUUAUUCAAUCGUUUUUUCUACUUUUAUCAGUAAAACGGAUGUAAUUUGUUUCGUUCACAGAAUGAAAGUAAGAAAAUCUGAAAAUCAGUUAUGUUAUUUCAGUUUUCCAUGCUUAUUUCUGUGAAGCCAUGAACUUGUAGAGAAAAAAUUUGACAAAAAUGUUAGACAUUUAAAAAUUGAAAAAACUGUAUUUUUAGCCAAUAAUGAGACAGAAAUUUUCUGCAUUGUAGCAGUGUCAACUUUCAGGUUGUACCCUAUGAAAUUUAUAGUUUCGUGUCUGUGAAAUGACCUGUUCAUUGUAGGUUUCUAAAUAAAGAUCUAUUUCUUUUGUCUCUUCAUUGAUUUCUAUA